UUCUCGCGAGAAAACGGCGAGAGGCUCCAGUUCGCUGGCUCUGGAACUGCGACCACUGGAGCCUGAGCGGCCGCUGCAGCUGGAACGGGUGACCAGUCGCGCAACUCGCCGUCGGCCUAGUCCGGGAGCUGGUGCAGCGAGACUGCAACAGGCGCAGCUUUGAGCCUCAGAGCGUGCUCCUGCCCUUAGUUGGGCUUGCCUGGGUAUCUGAGGCGCAUCCAGCCGCUGCAGCUGACAGGGGCCGCGCGCGGGCGCGCGGGAGUCUGCGGGGUCUCGAGCCACACCUGCGCGGGCGGCCAGCGCCGGGUCCCCGCCCGCUCGGGCGGGCAACGAGGGCCGGGGAGAGGGUGCGGGUGCAGGCGGGGGCCCAGCAGGGCCACCUCCUCACCCCGCGGCCGCCGCUGGAAAAUGUCUCAAGAGAGGCCCACGUUCUAUCGGCAGGAGCUGAACAAGACAAUCUGGGAGGUGCCUGAGCGUUAUCAGAACCUGUCCCCGGUGGGCUCCGGUGCCUAUGGCUCCGUGUGUGCUGCUUUUGACACAAAAACUGGGUUACGUGUGGCAGUGAAGAAGCUGUCCAGACCAUUUCAGUCCAUCAUUCAUGCCAAAAGGACCUACAGAGAGCUGCGGUUACUUAAACACAUGAAACAUGAAAAUGUGAUUGGUCUGUUGGAUGUGUUUACACCUGCAAGAUCUCUGGAGGAAUUCAAUGAUGUGUAUCUGGUGACCCAUCUCAUGGGGGCAGAUCUGAACAACAUAGUGAAGUGUCAGAAGCUUACAGAUGACCACGUUCAAUUCCUUAUCUACCAAAUUCUCCGAGGUCUAAAGUAUAUUCAUUCAGCUGAUAUAAUUCACAGGGACCUAAAACCUAGUAAUCUAGCUGUGAAUGAAGACUGUGAGCUGAAGAUUCUGGAUUUUGGACUAGCUCGACAUACUGAUGAUGAAAUGACAGGCUACGUGGCUACAAGAUGGUACAGGGCUCCUGAGAUCAUGUUGAACUGGAUGCAUUACAACCAGACAGUGGAUAUAUGGUCAGUGGGAUGCAUAAUGGCGGAGCUGUUAACUGGAAGAACAUUGUUUCCUGGUACAGACCAUAUUAACCAGCUUCAGCAGAUUAUGCGUCUGACGGGGACACCCCCUGCUUAUCUCAUUAACAGGAUGCCAAGCCAUGAGGCAAGAAACUAUAUUCAGUCUUUGACCCAGAUGCCCAAGAUGAACUUUGCAAAUGUAUUUAUUGGUGCCAAUCCCCUGGCUGUCGACUUGCUGGAGAAGAUGCUUGUAUUGGACUCAGAUAAGAGAAUUACUGCAGCCCAAGCCCUUGCACACGCCUACUUUGCUCAGUAUCAUGAUCCUGAUGAUGAACCAGUGGCCGAUCCUUACGAUCAGUCUUUUGAAAGCAGGGACCUCCUAAUAGAUGAGUGGAAAAGCCUGACCUAUGAUGAAGUCAUCAGCUUUGUGCCGCCGCCCCUUGACCAAGAAGAGAUGGAGUCCUGAGCGCCUGGUUUCUGUUGUUGAUCCCACUUCACUGUGAGGGGAAGGCCUUUUCAUGGGAACUCUCCAAAUAUCAUUCAAGUGCCUCUUGUUGCAAAGAUUUCCUCCAUGGUGGAAGGGGUGCGUGUGUGUGCGUGCAGCGUGCAUGUGUGUGUGUUAAUGUGUGUGCAUGUGCGUGUCUGUCUUUGUGGAAGAGUAACAUAAUCUGAGCAAACUAUGAUCACAGUGACUUUACAUGGAGUUGUGGAUGCUCCGAGGCAGCCUCUGCCUGCUCUUUCUGAAUGUCGGCUCAGGUAGAUAAGAGCUGCCAUCUUGUUAAGGAUAUGUUAAAUGCAAGGAAAAAAAAUUUAAAUGUCCCCUAUUCUGGUCAUGCUUUUGCCACUUUGGCCUCUCCUGUGGCCCCACCUUGAUGGUAGGGGGGUAGACUAGAUCACAACCACAGUGGCAUAGAAAGAAGGCUCGAACCUUCUGACUGCCCCCCAGCGACGCAGACAGCCAAAAAGGACCAACUGGCUGCCGUGUACCAGCCUGUGAGUAACUUGCUUAGUAUGGGCCUCAGAACUUGAGAGAAUACGUCUGAAACUGUAAAUAUGUUUGUGCCUUAAGAGGAGAGAAGAAAGUGUAGUUGGUUAAAAGACCACAGCUGCUGAAGUUCUGAGCCAGGCAAGUAGACAGGGCUGUGAGCCAGGAGUAACCAGGCAGCUUCUGAGGCGGCCACGUGUGCGCAUGCAUAUAUGUGCUUUUCUUUCUCACUGACCCCCAGGUGUUGUUGCCAUUUCUCUGCUCACCCCUCACCUUUUGUGCAGAGGUCUCUUGAGUAUUGGCCCCAGCAGUCAGAUGCAAGUUCCUGCUCUCGGUGCGCUUCCUGUGUGCUCUUUAUUUCUAGCAGAGUGAGGAUGUGUCUUGCACGUCUCGCUGUUUGAGCAUGCACAGCUGCUCGUCCCGUUCUCUUCAGGAGGCCCUGGGCCAGGCAAGUCUGCCGGUGAAGAUCUGUUUGGGUAGUCAAGCCCUGUGUCACCUUAGCUGAUGCUAUGAAAGUGACUUCAUCCUCUCUUCGGCCCCCAGCGCUAUUUUGUGUUGAACACAAUUGAUACUCCAGGUGCUCUUGAUGUAAAAAAAACCAUGGGAAAAAAAGUGGAAUAGAUGGAUGUAUAGCAUUUUCAGUCUUGCUGUCUGAUUUUCAACAGACUUUUGGGGAACUAUCAUGGACAAGACGAGGGCUUUUCCCAGGAAUAUCCCAAACUUUGGAAAAUUAGUUGUUCUCUUUACUCCCAAUAGCCAGUGCUGAAAAUCAAAAUGAAAAAUGAAAGCUCAUGAGGCCAGAAACUCCUUUUGCUAUCUUUCUCUAAAUAUGUUUAUUAAAAAAAAUAAAACAGUCACAAGGUGUCUUUUCCACCCCUCUAUGGAAAAGGGUCUUCUAGGCAGCUUAACAUUGAUUAAUUUCUUGAUCUUGGUUUGGGGAGAAAUAAAUUUUGUUUCAGAAUUUUGUAUUUUGCAGGAAUCCUUUGAGAAUGUGAUUCCUUUUGAUGGGGGAGAAAGGGCAAAUUAUUUUGAUAUUUUGUAUUUUCACCUUUAUAAAGAUGAAUAUCCUCAGGGGUGGAGAAGAAUCAUUUUCAUAAUUUUCUGAAUUUCAGGCAUUUUGUGCUUCACAAGGGCCCGUGUAUUUAAGCUUUCUGUGUGAUAAGGAAGUGAAAAGCCAAUUCUAGCGUUGGCUAUGUGACAAAUCUUGUAUUUAGGCCAAGGUGUCUCCAUUCUCUAUUUGUGCAGUGACAUACGUGCUCCAGAGGGACAGGGUAGAGCCCCUGAGUCAACUGGAGACAGAAGGAAGGAGCAGGCUGAUGGUGAGUCCACCUCACCUGGGAUUCUGCUCCCUUUAAAGGAAAGUGAACGUCUCCUUUAUAUGUAGUUCAAAUCCUUACCAUCUGCAGCAAGAUGAAUUUCAUCAGCCAUGUUUGGUUAUAAUGCUAGUGUGAUUUCCUACAGAAAUACUGCUCUGAAUAUUUUAUUUAAAAAAACAAAAAAGGGGGGGUUUGCACAUGUGACCACAUACGUGUUAGGAAGCUGAGUGCUCCCGGAGCCUGGACUCUGACUGGAGCCAGUGGAAGAGCUCCUGGAAUUCUGAGCAAGAUGCUCCCAUCUCCUGAUUUCUCUAAACAGAAGACAAAAGAGACAGAGGGAAACUGCUAUUUUAUCUGUGUUCAUAAACUCGGCUGUAAUCAUUUAUGCCAUAUAGGAUGUCAGGUAACACCACUGGUAAAAAUAAAGCCUAUUUUUCAAAUUCA